UUUGGCAAGACAACACCGACGAACGAAACGUCAAUUACGUUAAUCAAAAUAUAAACAGCUUCGAUUGCUAGAAAAUAGUGGUCCAUUUCUCGGUUUAUUUCGUUUUCCAUAAAACUGGUUACUAUUACUGAUAUAAAAAUGACAAGGCACGUGAAGAUACGUUUGGCAUCCGAAAGAGUAAAUCAUUCCGUAUCAUCCAACAAUGAGUUACCUCGAUUUUAUACUCCCGGGGAGGUUAUAACAGGCAUGCAAGAUUUCAUGCGUGGUCAUGGUACUUACGCUGAAGACGACAGUUUAAAAGCUUCAGUGGCUGGAGUUAUGCAAAAAGUGAAUAAGUUAAUUUGUAUACGACCACUAAAGAGUCGUUAUGUAGGAGAGAUUGGUGACGUAGUUGUAGGCCGAGUACUUGAGGUCCAGCAGCGAAGGUGGAAGGUUGAAACUAACUCGCGUUUGGACUCUGUUCUUCAGUUGUCAUCUGUAAACCUGCCUGGUGGAGAGCUGCGGAGAAGAUCAGAAGAAGAUGAACUAAUGAUGAGAAAGCAUUUACAAGAAGGUGACCUGAUCAGUGCAGAAGUACAGAGUGUGUUCUCAGAUGGUUCACUAUCACUUCACACAAGGAGCUUGAAGUAUGGGAAGCUUUCACAGGGAAUCCUCAUCAAAGUGUUCCCUUCACUGAUAAAACGCAGGAAGAAUCACUUUCACAACUUGCCGUGUGGCAUUUCAGUGAUUAUCGGAAACAACGGCUACAUAUGGAUCAGUCCGCAGGAGAAAAGCAACAUGGUGGAGGGAGAGAAAGAUGAAAUUGCUAAUAUUGAGUCACAGACUGUCAACAGAUCUGAAAGAGAAACAAUGGGUAGAGUGAAGAACUGUAUAGCAGCACUAGUAGCCUCAAAGAUGAUGUUGGACGACACCAGCAUCAUGUUCGCGUACGAAGAGAGCCUGAAAUAUGAAGACGUCAAGGACUUGCUCGACACGGAGGCUAUGCUCGACGUCGCCUUCCUCACGCAACACAGAAUAAACUAUGUUGAUGAAGAUUAACA